CGGUGCGCUGCUCGUGCUCAACGCGCCCUCUCCGUCAGCUCCUCAACAUCCUCUGCGUCACGCUGCUUCCUCAAGCAUGCUGCGUCUCGUUCGCGCACGAGCCCUGGCAGCGGCGCCUUUGCGCGGCCGGCUGGCGAGCGCAGUGCCGACAGCCACAUCGCGGGCGCUACCCAGCAGCAGCCGCCGCACCAACGCUGGCGGCCCCUCGCCGUGCUCAGCCUCGGCACGCCUCUUCCACAGCAGCAUUCCACGCCUCAGCUCGCAGCCCGCGCUGGCCGAGCACCCGACGCGCCGCAACAGCUCGGACGAGCUGGUCUCGUACGUCUCCGGCCCGCUCUCGCCGCCGCUCUCCUCGCUGUCUCUGGCCGCCUUCUGGGCCGAGCUCGUCGCGGCGCACGCCUCGCGGCCCGCACUCAUCAGCGCACACGAGCCGCCGGAUGCGCAUGCGGCCGUCACGCGCGAGAAGCAGGCGGGCGAGGAGGAGUGCUUGCGCUGGACGUUCGCCGAGAUGGACGCGCACAUCCGACAGGUGGCCCGCGGGCUGCGGAGCAUGGGCGUCAAGCCGGGCGAGAGAGUGGCUGUCUUGAUGAUGAACUCCUCGGCGAUGGCGGCGCUGCAGCUCAGCACGGCGUACCUCGGUGCGCCGCUCGUGACGCUCAACCCGUCCUACUCGCCGCGCGAGCUGGCCCGGGCGCUGAAGCAUGUCGGCGCCAGCACGCUCCUCAUCGUGCCUUCGCUGCGCGGCAGUGACUACACGGCGCAUCUGCGAGCCAUCCUGCCGAGCCUCGCAACGCCGCCGCAGAGCGAGGGCCAGGAGCUGCAGGACGAGGCACUGCCGCUGCUCAAGCGCAUCAUCCUCGUCGACAACAUCUCGGGCCGCCCCGCCGGCUGGGAGGCGACAAGCCUGCUGGCACGUGAAGCGAAGGGCUUCGACGAGGCCAAGAGCCGCUUGAACGGCUGGGCGAGCGAUUACAAGGAGGUGCUGCGGCGCGGCGAAACGGAGGGCGAGACGCUGGCGGGCCUGCAGAUGGACAUGGACGAGGUGGUAAACUUGCAGCUGACCAGCGGCACGACGGGCGCGCCAAAAGCAGUCGCCCUCUCCUCGCACAACCUGACCAACAACGCCGCCUCGAUCGGCGCCACGCUGAACCUCUCGCCCACCGACAUGCUCGUCAACGUGCCGCCACUCUUCCACUGCUUCGGCCUGACGCUGGGCAACCUCGCCGCGUGGUCGCGCGGCGCCUCGAUCCUCUACGUCUCCGAAGGCUUCGAUGCGCUGCGUACGCUGCGUGCCGCGGCGCGAGAGCAGGCCACCGCCAUCAACGGCGUGCCGGCGCACUUUGUCGCCGAACUCGCACUGCUGCGCCAGGUGCGCGCGGCGCAGAAGAAGGGCGAUCGGAAAGCGCUGCAGACGCUCGGCGUGAAAGAGAAGGAGGAAUGGGAGUUCAGAUUGCGGACUGGCCUCAUGUCUGGCUCGACGAUUCCAAUCGAGCUGAUGCAUGCCUGCAUCGACGAGAUGGGCGCCGAGCAACUCACCGUGGUGUACGGCAUGACCGAGACGAGUCCUGUCUCCUUCGGCGUCGACACCUCUGCUUCCAUCGAGCGGCGUUGCUCGACCGUCGGACGCAUCUAUCCGUGGGCACACGCCAAGAUCGUCUCUCCGUCCGACGACUCGGGCACGCCGCUGCCAGUCGGCCAGACGGGCGAGCUGUGGAGUGGUGGGUACCUCGUCAUGCAGGGCUACUUCCGCGAUGCGGAGAAGACCAAGGAGGCGGUGCUCGAGCAGGACGGCAUCCGAUGGAUGAAGACGGGCGACUUGGCCAGCAUGGAUGAAGAAGGCUACGUGCAGAUCCGCGGCCGCGUCAAGGACCUCGUGAUUCGCGGUGGCGAGAAUCUCUUCCCGCCGAUGAUCGAGAACUGCAUCGACGAGUUGCCAGCCGUCGCGACAUCGGCGGUCGUCGCUGUGCCUGACGAGCGCAUGGGCGAGACGGUCGGCGUGUUCAUCCAGCUCGAGUCUUCAUCCGCCUCCGAGUCUGAACAGCCGACGCCGGCAAGCGUGCGCGCCCACGUCAAGGAGCACCUCUCGCACCAGUCCGCACCCGACUGGGUCUGGUUCCUGGGGCGCGACGGCGUGUCCACUGAGAUGCCGGCGACGGCCAGUGGCAAGGUGCAAAAGGUCGUGCUGCGCGAAUGGGCGGCCGACCUCGUCAAGAGGGAAGUUGGGCGCGCAACGAAG